UGGAGGGUUGGUAUUAGACAUUAUCCAAAGCUUAACUUUCUGGGCCUGAAAUUUUCUGUGGAAACAUAAUUCCAGAGAAGGAAGAUAGAAGACGAAGUAGCCUAGUGAGUUUCAAUCGAUCAGAGAUCCAUUAACAAUAUAUGGAUCCAUCUUCCAUCACUGGACCUUUAUGGGAAAUGAUCAAGUGUUGCUGUUGUUACCUCAACCAAGAAGCUGCUUAUAUCGACGACUUGGAAGAGAAUCUGCAAUCGCUGGAAGAAAAAUGGAAGAAGGUUGAAGAGAUGAAGGAAGAUGUGGAAGCAACUUUCGAAGAAGAAGAAAAUGCAGGAGAGAGGCAAAGGGCUCACCGAGUGAGUGGCUGGCUGAACAGAGUCGAGAAAACUCAAAAGGAAAUAAAAGAUAUUCAAUUGCGUGGAACUGACCAAAUUCAAAACAAAUGUUUAAGUAAAUGUUGUCCAAAGAAUUGCAUGUCAAGCUACAAGUUAGGGAAGAAUGUUGUCAAGAUCCUGCGGAAUAUAGAUGAACUAAAAACUGAAGGGGAAGGGUUUUGUAAAGAUUUUCAAGUUGCCCACAGGUGUCCACGUAAGUCAAUUGAGAUGCCUUCUUGUGAGACAGUGGGCUUAGAUUUAAUGUUUGAUAAGGUAUGGAAAAGUAUUGAAGAAAAAGAUGUUGGAAUCAUUGGCUUAUAUGGGAUGGGCGGGGUAGGAAAGACUACCUUGCUGAAGAAAAUUAAUAAUGAACUUGCGAAGAGAUCGUGUUUUUACAUUAUGUGGGUGGUGGUGUCCAAAAGUCUCAACUUGGAUAAUAUUAUGGACACCAUCAGAAAAUUGUUGGGGAUUGAAUAUGACAGUUGGAAGCGUUGUAGUAACCAAGAUGAAAAGGCAGCAAAGAUUUACGAAUUCCUAAAAAGGAAAAAAUUCAUCUUGUUAUUAGAUGAUAUAUGUGAGAGAUUGGACUUGGAAAAGGUGGGAGUACCACAUCCGAAGGAAACUAAUUUUCAAUCCAAAGUAUUAUUCACAACACGGUUUGAGGAUGUGUGUGCGGGAAUGGAUGCUAAAACAUUUGAAGUUAAAAUUCUAACAGAGGAAGAAGCGUUAGAGUUAUUUUGUAUGAAAGUUGGCCAGGAAACUCUAACAUCUGACCCUCUCAUUCCAAAGAUAGCAGAGGAAAUGGCUAAAGAAUGUAAAGGGCUGCCACUUGCAUUAACUGUGAUAGGAAGCGCCAUGGCUGGUGUGAAAAGAGUGGAAACAUGGGAACAGUCAAAGAAUAAGUUAAGAAGUUCUCCACUCAUAGCUUCAAAUUUGGAGGCGAAGGUGUUUUCUAUCCUCAAGCUUGGCUAUGAUAAACUACCAGACGAAACACACAAAAAGUGUUUCUUAUAUUGUGCAUUAUACCCAGAGGAUGAUGAGAUUCAAGUGUACAAUCUCAUUGAUCAAUGGAUAGGGGAGGGAUUUCUUAAUAAUGGUGGGAUGAGAAGUGUACUUGAUAUGCGUCGCCAUGGUGGUUCCAUAAUUAAAAAGUUGAAGGUUUCAUGCUUGUUAGAGGGUAUUGAAGAUGAUAUCUUUUUGAAGUGCUCAAUUAAGAUGCAUGAUGUCAUCCGUGACAUGGCAUUAUGGAUUGCACGAGAUCAAGAUAGAAACAAAAAAAAGGUUAUAGUACAAGAAGAUGCACAGAAAAUGUCUCGAGCUGGUGUUGAAAAUUGGGAAAUGGUUGAAAGGAUUUCAAUAAUGAAAUGUGAACGUGCUACAUCAUGUAUGCAAUUACAAGGCAGAACCUGGACAAAUCUCAUAACAUUAAUAUUGAAGUUUGAUAUCGUUGGAUUUGUUUCAAUAAAUGGAUUACAAAACAUCCAACAUGCGAGGCAAUUAAAAGUCCUGGAACUACACAAAAUGGAAAACGUACCUGACGCAGAACUAGGUGUCUUGAGUCUUUUAGAAUAUCUCUCAUUGUGGAAAUGCAACUUAACGAAUGCAUCAGACAUUUGGAGAGGGUUGAAGAAUUUGAAAAACCUGAAGGUUCUUCAUUUGUUUUUAUUUAAAGAUGCUGAUACUCCUUUAGGAUUGAUAUCAAAUCUUCAUCAACUGAAAGUGUAUAGACUUGAGACCCAUGGAACUCUGCAAACUGGCAAAGAUGUGAGAGAAGAGAAAAAAUUUCAGGAGCUGGAGCGCUCAUCAAACUUAGAGGAAAUAUGGGUGCAAAUAAAAUCUGAGAUUAGCCUCAGCAAAUUAUUUGAAUCGGCCGAGUUACAAAGCUCCAUAUAUGGCCUUGAGAUUGAAGGUGUUCAAAUUAACAUGCCAUUAUUAGUGGCAACCAUGUCAAAAAUGAAGCACCUGCAGCGUCUUGUCUUGAAACUUUCACCUGCUGAGAUAGAUCCUUCUGUUUAUGACGCGUGUUGUCUAUCCACGCUCCGAACUGUGAGAAUUUUACGGGUCAACACAAUACAUCAUUUGACAUGGUUGAAGUAUGCUCCAAACCUUCAAGAACUUGUUGUUGAAGAGUGCUCGUCAGUAGAAGAACUAAUUAAGGGAGAGAGAUUAGAAGAUGAGAAAGAUACUAUAUUCCCUUCUCUCGUACAGCUGACAUUGUACCUUCUGCCAAAUCUUAGGAGCAUUCACGAGAGAGUCUUGUCUUUCCGUUCCCUAAGAUCCAUUGAAGUGCACCACUGUGAGCAGCUGAAGAAGUUACCUUUUGAUUCUAAUUCUGCCAGGACCAAGUUGAGACUUAUCCGUGGAGCUCAAGCGUGGUGGGACAACUUGGAGUGGGAUGACUCAGCCAUUAAAACCGCUUUCCAGUCUAAAUUUCAAGAUUCAUAUUAUUGA